CCUGGGAAAAGGCUCUCGGGCGGGAUUACGCAGCUGGGCCGGCGAGUUUGCAGGGAAGCUGACGGGUGGAGCGCUUUGAGUAGUGCUGUGCGCUUGGCCGGGACUCCGCCGGGGCGCCUCGAGCUGGGCGCGGGGGAAAUCCCAAGCGGGACCAUCAGUACGCCCGGAUCUACCUUGAGGCCCAGGCGAGCGAGUCAGCGGGGUGGAGUAGGCCGGCACCGGGGGAGGUUUAACACUUGAAGAUGAGACAAUUUGAUCUUUGUUUGAGCUCUGAAGGAUCUGAAGUGGUUUUAGCUACAUCAAGUGAUGAAAAACACCCACCUGAAAAUAUCAUUGAUGGGAAUCCAGAAACAUUUUGGACCACCACAGGAAUGUUUCCCCAGGAGUUCAUUAUAUGUUUUCACAAACAUGUAAAGGUUGAAAAACUUAUAAUCCAAAGUUACUUAGUGCGGACCUUGAAGAUUGAAAAGACCAAAUCUAAAGAGCCUGUCGAUUUUGAGCAAUGGAUUGAAAGGGAUUUUGUACACACAGAGGGGCAGCUUCAAAAUGAAGAAAUUUUGGUUCAUGAUGGCUACUGUACUUACUUGAGAUUCAUAAUUACAAAAGCCUUUGAUCAUUUUAUAUCUGUGCAUUGUGUUUCUGCAGAGGGACUAGUAGUCUCAAAUCAUUCUUAGUAAUUAUAAUAAAAUACUCUUGCAUGAUU